GAGCGGUGCGUCUCUUGGUCCCGGGACUUGAAGCGCCCAAGUUGCGAGCUGCCAUGGAGAGCUCUGAGCCUGAGCCUACAGAGGACGCUUCCAUGGACGCGUUCCUGGAAAAGUUCCAGAGCCAGCCUUACCGCGGCGGCUUCCGCGAGGACCAGUGGGAGGAGGAAUUUGAUAAGAUCCCCCUAUUUAUGAAAAAAGCACCAUCAGAAAUUGACCCCAAGGAGUUUCCUGACUUGGCCUGCCUCCAGUCGAUUAUUUUUGAUGAUGAGCGAUCUCCAGAAGAGCAAGCCAAGAUCUAUAAAGAUGAGGGCAAUGACUACUUUAAAGAAAAAGACUAUAAGAAAGCUGUGGUUUCCUACAGCGAAGGGUUGAAGAAGAACUCUGCAGACCCUGAUUUGAAUGCCGUCCUGUAUACCAACCGGGCAGCAGCACAGUACUAUCUCGGCAAUUUUCGUUCUGCCCUCAACGAUGUGCUGGCUGCCAAGAAGUUAAAGCCCGGUCACCUGAAAGCCAUCAUAAGAGGUGCCCUGUGCCAUCUUGAGCUGAAACACUUUGCUGAGGCUGUGAACUGGUGUGAUGAGGGACUACAAAUUGAUGCCAAAGAGAAGAAACUGCUAGAAAUAAGGGCAAAAGCAGACAAGCUAAAGAGGAUGGAAGAGAGGGAUCUGAGGAAGGCAAAGUUGAAAGAAAAGAAGGAACAGAGUCAGAAUGAGGCUCUGCUCCAUGCCAUCAAGGCUAGGAACAUCAGGCUUGUCUCUGAAUCAGCCGGUGAGGAUGAAGAGUCAGCCUCCAAUGGUCCAGCUGAGAUGCUCCUGAAUGGGCUCAGCUCUGAGAACCCCUAUGGAGCCAGGCUAAGUAUAGAUGACCAGGGCAGGCUGAGCUGGCCUGUGCUGUUCCUGUACCCGGAGUACGCGCAGUCAGACUUCAUCUCUGCUUUUCAUGAGGACACCAGGUUUAUUGACCAUCUAAUGACGAUGUUUAGUGAAGCACCCUCCUGGGACUCAGAGCACAAGUACCACCCGAAUAAUCUGGAGGUCUACUUUGAGGACGAGGACAGGGCGGAACUGUACCUGGUGUCUCCCGACAGCACCCUGUUGCAGGUGCUGCAGCACCCCAGGUGCUCCGUGAAGGCCCUUACGCCGGCAUUCCUGCUCUGUGUAGGAUCCUCUCCUUUCUGUAGGAAUUACCUCCAGGGGAAGAGGGUGCACAGGUAACAUGGGAGCCAGACCCUGGGGUCUCUUCCCUCAGUUUCCUCUGCUGGACUCUGCACACGUGAGUCAUCUGGCCUAGAGUCCAGCACUCUAUCCCCAGGGACAGUGGUUCCCAGCCUCUUGCUGGGGAAGAAGCUGCUGGACCCCCUGAACCUAAGCCUGUCUGUCUGAGUGCUGAGCUCCAACUGGGCUUCACCCUCCUCACAUUCAUGGCUCUGCCCUGGCCAGUACAUCUUUGGAGUCCAUCUCUGAAGAAAGCAUCCAAUGCAGUUACCAGAAUAGCUGGCCUUGGUAACUCCCUGGCCCGGAGACUAUCUCAGGGUGCAGUGACCCUGUGCAUCGGGCAUGUACAGAAGGCACAGCUCCAAGCAGUAAACCAGCCCUGUACCAUACUCUAAGGCCUCAAGGCUUGAAAGACUGGCUCGGUUGCUUCACCAGCAUGGAGGAAAGCUAAGGGAUGCUGUGUAUGCCAUGAGGUGACUGGAGCCAUGAAGCCACAUCCCGUUCUGAGUUGACUGUAUAAACUGGGAUGCUCAGACUACUCAAAGCCCUACUGGAUUCUCUGACUGACAGAGUUGCAGUGUGAGGACUGCAACAUCCCCAGUGGUAGCCCAAGUGCUCCCCCAUUCCUCAGCUCGAAUUAUGCUCCUGCCUCCGCAGAAGAAUGCUGAAUUGAGGUGUGCACCACUGUGUCUGGCUAGGAUUUCAUGCCUUUUGAUCUAGUCUUAGCCUGUCACAAGCUGUUUUUGUCUUGAGCUGUUUUCUGUGUCCUAGAGAUUGUAUGUAUUCUUACCUGCAACCCAGUGGCGUUCUGCAUUGCCCACACCAUCUGCCAAGGGGAGCAUACUUCUCAAUGUCCAUGCAAGGGCUGAGAUGGGGCUGUGCCACAUCUGACAGAAGCUUGAGGAGCCAAUGGGUAAUGGUUUGCAAGUAGGCUUGUGUUGUUUCCCUUUAUCGUGAGGCCCCAUUUCUCAAAUAGGAGCAUUCCCUUCACCUGGUGUCCGAGCAAAGCCCACAGCAGCUGGCCUAAAGCCACUGUUUGUUACAUGAGUGGCAAAUGUAUUUGUAGUAAACACAGAGAUUUGGGGGAUUGUUUGUCACUAUAGGAAAACUGACUAAUACAUCAUUAAACUGAAACCAGCUGGUGGCCUUCAGAUGGGCUAAUUUG